UACUUUUCAUUGACAUUCUGCAUUUAGAGUACAAAAAUAUAGUUUCGAACCGUUGUGAUGACUAAUACAGUUUAGUUGAAUAACGUAAAACAUUGAAAACCUGCAUACUGAAAAGUUUGUACCAUAAACUGGAGCUUAAUUGUAGAUAGUAAUGCGGGAUCUUGCAAAUAAGAUGGCUGAGUUGAAGUUUGAGGCACCUCUUGCCCAGUGUGAAGAAGCUGACGAAUGGGGUCCAACUGAAUACCAUUCGUCCAACUCAAAUAUAUUGAAAAAACCUACAAUGAUUAAUACUAUCAAAGUUAAAAAUAAUGAAAAUACCACGGUAAUAAAUAGUGAUAUCAGUAAUAACGAUUUUCAAGAAGUGAACGAUAACAGUUUGGAUCUCAAAAGCUGCAAUGGAAACAAUUUUGCAGUGAGCAAAGUGAACAUGAAUAAUAAAAUCAAUACUAUGAGAGAAAAUGUUGAUAAUUUUGCUGAAGGGUUUACGGGUAGUCUUGAAGAUCUUGUUAAUACAUUUGAUAAAAAAAUUACACAAUGUUUUGGCAAUUAUGAACAGUCGGUUGAAGAACUGGCUCCAGUGCAAGUGAGAUCUCAAGAUGAAAUCAUGAAUGAAUGUCAAAUGUGGUGGACUAUUACUGGCAAUUUCGGAAACAUAUUACCAAUUGAUUGGUCUAAAACCUAUGCUCGUCAAAUGCAUGUACCUGCAUUAAAAUUAUCUAAAUCAUCCGACUACCCCAAUUAUAAUGAUAUUCAAGAUCUUAGUUCAGAAGACGAAGCUGUUGCAAAUGAUCUGGACAUGCAUGCUCUUAUAUUAGGAGGCCUACAUACAGAUAAUGACCCAAUCAAAACAGCAGAGGAAGUAAUUAAAGAAAUUGAUGAUAUCAUGGACGAAAGUACUUCCGAAGAUGGAAUCAAUGAAAGCGAGAUUAUGGAAAAGGCAAAAGAGGUCCUAGGGUCACCGUUGUAUGAAGAAAAACUACGCUCUUUAACCAUCACACAGUUGAAUGAGCUCUAUAUGGAAAUGGAACUUUUGAUUAGAGAAUUCAGUGAAACAUUAAUAGCUGAAUUGGCUUUAAGAGAUGAAUUAGAGUAUGAAAAAGAAUUGAAAAAUACAUUCAUCUCGCUGUUGCUAGCCGUACAAAAUCGCAGAAGACAAUUUCAUGUAGAAAAGAAAAAAGGAAAAGCCCAAGGAAAACAAAUGCCCCAUUCAAACAGUGGACUAGAACCUAAGUAUUUAACAACUGUUAUUCCAUACAAUUUGGAUGGAACUCCUGAGAACCAAACGCUACAAAUUUUGAUUAAAAUUUUGAAGGCCAUCAAUGAAGACAGUCCAACCGUUCCAACCCUUCUUACUGACUAUAUUUUAAAAGUUCUCUGUCCAAACUAAACAGUGCGAACUAAUUACCAACAAGCAUUUUGAAUAAAUCUAAACUAAAACGUAUGCUUACACACUAGUAGUUGCUGUCAAUGCAUAUGUAUCUUGAUUACUAAUCUAAUAAUGAUUAUAAGAUGUUAUAAGAUCAAAAAUCCGGAUAUCUCGAAAAGCGGACCGAUCGAUCUGCGAUGAGCAGAAAAUUUGUUUCAAACAACCAUUUUUGUUUAACAAUUGAUCCUUAUUAAGAAGGCAUUGACCUCUGGAAUAUCCGGUAAUUAUCCAAUUACGUCUUGAUCACUUUGGUCUGUUCAUUCAUGAACAACAAAACAUGAGUGAUAAGCAAUCUAUUUUUUAUAAGGAUUUUAUUUUCGCUUGCUUUCGUCAAUUUUUUUCAUUUGAUUCACACAAUUUUCAUAUUUCAUAUAUGCUUCAACAAAUUGAAUUUGAUAAUUAAAUAAAUAUAGUCCAAAGUUCUAUUCUAGUCACCAUUUUUCAUCAAUUUUAACCAGUCUAGAUGCUUAAGACGUAAGUUGUAAACGAAAUAUUUUCCACUCCAAAAUGCUUGAGUAGAGAAUAAUUGAAACUAUUUCAAAGGACAUGAAACUUUGAUAAAUUGUAAAGGAUCGUACAUGACGAUAAAAAUGCGAUCUUUGAAUAAAUGUAAAAUAAAGUAACAUAUAGACGCUGCGCUUAAAAUUGUAUUUAUCUUGAAAAAAGAAUUUUUGCCUGCUAAUACCUCGAAAUAAGUGCGAAUGUUGUUUAUUUUUUGUCUAUCUGCAAAUGUUUGAUUACUGGGCUUCUAAACCUGAAAAUAAAACUAGCUCUGAUACUCUUAUAACUAAUUUGUUCUUGUUGAAACCUAGCCCAAAUUUCUAAUGAUCGUUGACGGUGAUGAAAUUAGAAGUGGUUAACUAGUUGGGAUGGAUGAACGAAUUGCUUAUGAUUUCUGGAGCCUUAUUCUUAGUCAUCUGACUACCAUAUUUCACUUACGGGCCCUAUUCUUACAGUCACCCUCACCUCACCGUACAGUUAUAGUCCACAUUUGAUUUUUACAGUCAUCCACACAUUGUAAAGACCAUAAAAAAGAUGGCAAAGAACUGCACCAAAUUGACCAGUGACCACCCCUGAAAUAACCACUAACAUCUUUUUAAAGGCAUAUGUUGGGUUGGAAAUAAAAUAAACAUUAUGUUGGCGCUUGGCCAUUCAGGUCGAGUGUCGAGCCCAACAUCUUCUUUUGACAGCUUGGUUCGUAGCACUCACAUGAAGACGAGCGUGUUGGCCAAACAUGAAUUCACCAACAUUUUCGACCAACAUGUUGGUACGUGUAUGGGGGCCUUUAGAUUUUAAGUUCAACGGGCAGGCGAAAAGUCACUACCGUACUACUGUAUGCCUGCCCCGAUGGAAGUCUAAGUAAAUUCAACGUGUUAAUCGUAAAAAUAGCUUCUAAGUUCGUCAGAAAGGCAAUCCGAAUUUAGUUGGUGGUGUCAAUGAUUGUGUUAUCAGAAAGUAGGGCGACAUCGUAUACUAUCCUGGACUAUCGGCAUCGCUAGAAGACCAACUACAACGCUGUUUCAAAUCUGCUGUACGGUUUGUAUACAAGCUACAGCGACGAGACACAACUGCCGCCGUUCGAAAUACUAUCCUCGGAGUCGAUCUACCAGCUAACUACCGGCUUAGAAUAUGUUGCUUCAUACGACAAGCUUACUUCGGCAACCAGCCCGAUUAUAUUCAACAGCGCCUGCAACCUGGAUAGCAGCAACGUACGCGAUGUCUCAUCAUUCCUAGGCAUACAACUAGCAGUGGAAAAAGCGUGCUCAUAUACAGGGCCGCAUGCUGGAACGGUCUCCCAAUAGACGCC